AGGGGGAAGGGGGGAAGGGGGGGCCGCCCGCGCCAGCGGGGCGGCCGGCCAGCAGCGCGGCCCUCGCGUCGAGCCCGGCGGCCCAUGACCCGGCGCGCGGGGAGGGCCGCGGUGACCGCCGCGCUCUUCGCGGGAGCGCCCGGCGGCCCCGCCGCUGCGGCCGCCCCCGCGGAGGCGGGGCCGUGGGCCGGCGGCGUGGUGCCCGUGGGCCAGGUGGACAGUUUCCUCGAGUCCACGGCCUCCCUCGUCUUCGACGAGGUGGAGCGCAAGACGCUCGUGCGGUUCCGGCGAGGAGACCCAUCCGGCCUGUCCGUGGGCGUCUCCACGAUCGGCGCGGCCAGCUCCCCCGCGCCGCGCGCGGCGCUGUGCUGCUUCGACCCCUCGGGCGGCGCGGCGGUGCAGCGCGAGCUGAUGCGCGCCGUGCUGCGCGCACUGGGCGUCGGGGCCGCGGAGCCGGACGGCGCCGCCGAGGGCGGAACCGACCAGCCGCCGCCCCCCCUGCUGCGUGCUGCCGAGGCCGAGGCCCUGAACGCGCUCUACGCCACCGAGGUGCUCCCGGCCCCCGGCACGCUGCCCGCCCGCGUGGAGGUGGGCGUGUGGCAGUUGUCCCACGGGGCCAGCACCGCGGACUGGGAGGAGAUGCUCGGCGGACGUGGGCGCCGCUUCGUGGCCGGCGCGAUGCGCUGGGCCCGGGAGCUGCGUCUGGCGGGGCAGGCCCCAAGCGUCGUGGGCGCCCUGCCCGCCUUCGUCUUCCACCGCAACAAGGCGGAGGUCGUGUUGCUGGGCCCUGAGAGCGCCGAGCUCGCCCCCCGCAGCGCGCUGCCCCCCGAGCCCCCCGACGAGGGGCUCGGCGAGGGCAUCCGCCGCGCCACGCUCCACGCGCGCGGGCUCCGAGGCCGCGGCUUCGUCGGCGGGGUGCCCACGCACCUCGGGGAUGGUUCCGCUCUGCUGCUCAGAGCGAGCUUCGCGCAGGUGGCGCUGGCCACCGGCGUCGGUAACGCGGAGGACCUGGACGAGGUCCUGCGGGAGCACCACUCUGCUGCGGCCGCGGCGCAGGUGUCCUCCUGGGCGCAGGGCCACGGGGCGCUCAUGGGCCUCCCGAGCUUCGUCGCGCAGCCGAGGGCCCCGGUCGGCGGGGCGGGCUCGAGAACAGAAGUUGGCACAAGCAUGAAUCGCCAUGAAGGCAAGGGGUCCUGACCUCUGGGCCUCCUCAGGUGGGGUCCGAGUAUAUGGUCGAGUCUGAUUGGCAGAUCGGCCCGUUUCGAUCCAGGGUGCUCGUGUCCUGUGUGCGGCGUCGCAUGUCUCCUGCACUCCUGGGGCACAGGUACCCUGAUCAAGAGAUGAUGCAGCCCUUGGAAGAGGCACUAAUCAACCUCGGUUGUAGGCGGGGUCGGGGGACUGCACCGCAUCGCCAGUGCAUCUGCGCUGUGCCUUGAUACUGAGCCGGAUCUCCUCCCUGCCGAAGGCGUGCGAUUUUCUGACUCCAUCUGCUCGGACCCCCU